AUGACUGAAGUUCUGGAUGAUCGCACGGCGGACGUGGCUCCUCUGAUCCGCGAUGAAGAUUCUCGCGAUAGCACCGAACAAGAGCCAGAUCUCAAAGUGGGGUGUGAUUUUUGCUGUAACCCGAACCGAACAUGUUACCGUUUCAUUGCACUCUUUCUCAUGUGCUUUAUGGGAUUUGGAUCGUACUUCUGUUACGACAAUCCCGGCGCUCUUCAGACUUACAUUAAGGCUGACAUGGGCGUGACAACUUCGGAAUUUGCCAACCUGUACUCGUGGUAUUCGUGGCCGAAUGUGAUCUUGUGUUUCGUCGGAGGCUACUUAGUGGACAGCGUAUUCGGAAUCCGUUUCGGAACAGCAUUGUUCGCGCUUAUCGUCUUCGCAGGUCAGAUCAUCUUCGCCUUGGGCGGUCUACUGAACAAGUAUUGGCUUAUGGAAGCCGGAAGAUUUGUUUUUGGAAUCGGAGGAGAAUCGCUUGCUGUUGCACAAAACACCUACGCCGUCUCGUGGUUCAUGGGGAAAGAAUUAAACAUGGUCUUCGGACUUCAAAUGAGUUUUGCUCGGGUCGGAUCUACCGUGAAUUUCAACAUGAUGGUGCCAUUGUACGACUACAUCCAUCAGUAUUACAAGGGUUACCAAUGCACUGGCAUCGUGCUCAUGAUCGCCGCCGUGUUUUGCCUGCUGUCCUUCAUUUGUGCCUCGGCUCUUGGCUGGUUGGAUUAUCGUCGAGCGAAGUUGACAGGGAAGGCGGAAGCCGAAACCGGCGAAGUCAUUCAACUCCGAGACAUAUUCGAUUUUGGCGCUUCGUUCUGGCUCGCGACAGCCAUUUGCGUUUCCUACUACGUCGCCAUCUUCCCACUGAUUGGGCUCGGGCAGAUAUUCUUCCAACGAAAAUAUGGCUUGAGUUCCAGUGCUGCCAAUGCCGUUAAUGGGAUCGUGUACAUCAUAGCUGCCUUCGCCUCGCCGCUUUUUGGAAUUAUCAUGGAUAAGACCGGAAGGAAUGUUCUUUGGUGUUUCAUUGCGAUCGUGUGUACGUUGGGGAGCUUUGCGGGCUUAACAUUCACGUUUGUGAAUCCAUACAUUCCUAUGGUUUCCGUGGGACUGAGCUAUUCGCUGCUUGCAAGUGCCUUAUGGCCGAUGGUGGCGCUGUUACUCCCGGAACAUCAACUCGGAACAGCUUACGGAAUAAUGCAGGCUGCUCAGAAUCUGGGACUCGCUGUGAUAACGAUGUUAGCUGGAUGGAUCGUGGACACGAAGGGAUAUUUCGUAUUGCUGACAUUUUUUAUUCUUUGUUUAUCCGUGAGUCUCAUGGCAAUUAUCGUUCUCUGGGUGCUCGACUAUACGCAGAAUGGCUUGCUUAACUUGUCUAUUGAAGCUCGUGAGGCGAGGCGGAUUGAAUCAAUGUUGGCGAAACGAGACUCCAUAUCUUCGAUGGAUUCACGUACGAGGCAAGCGAUGAGACUCAGUCAAUCCGAAUUCUCUCUUCGCAACAGGUUCCUGUCAAGAAUCGGCGCUCAAGUCAGUAUAGAAUGUUUUUUUCCCCACCCCGAGUAUGGUAUUGAGCAUGGAGUUGGAUGUGGCCUUGCUGGGUAUUUUCUUCUGGUGGAGUAAUUUAUUUAGUGGUUUGUAUUGUGGCACCCUGGUGAAGGUACUGUAGUUGUGCGAGUAUUCUUGAACUGUGGAAAAAUGCAUUUUACUUUUUUAUGGAAUCGCUGGGGGCAGUUGCAAAAUCUAUUUGGGAGCAAAUUUUGCAUGUAUAGAAUGGCGUAAAUAUUUGUCCAAGUUCUGUACAAUUGGAGCAAGGCUUUUCAGCCUGUGGUACUUACGGCACUUGACAGAUGGUGCCUCUAGAGGUGAUGGUGUAUGCGAAGAUUCGCAUGCUCAUGCAUUCCCAAGAUCCACGUGAAGUUUGAAACGCCUGAAUAUUCUCGGAUUUCCACUUGGCUCAUGUGCAUGCAAAGUUCAAUCGGGUGUUGAACUUCUUCCUUUCUGCGAACCAGUAAAACUGAUUCAACCAUUAUGUCGAAGUUUCAGGCUAAGAAAUAAAUUCUGAAAAAUAUGAGUUCGUUACUACUUUUACAGCCUUUACAUUUCACAUUUUAUUUCAACCAUUUGUACAUUACUUAAUGAAAGUUUGGUGAUUUUGUCAGAAGAUUCAUGGUCAGUCAUAAACAAAACAAUAAUAGCGUUAAAUGGGGGUGAGAAAGCAUGUUGUUGAUUUUUGAAGUUGAUGGUAUGUUGCGCGCGUUUGAAUGCCUGAUGCAUUGGUAAAUUGCACGCAAAUUCAAUUAUUGUGUUUGGUGUUAUUCUAGUCGCACAAAACAUUUUUGCCUCAUAUCACGUCAUAUUUUGUGAGUAAUGAAAGUUGUCAUUUCCAGCUGCCGCCGACCUACGACGUCCAAACAAGAGCAUUGGCACACAGAAAGGCGAUGCGAUGAGGAUCUUCCUGCAAUUACUGAGGUAGAAGAACCACCGUUGUGUUGAAUUCUGGGAGACGAUAUUUUAUUCAUUUUUAUGCCAUAUUGUGGAAAUGCUUUUUACUCGCUUUGUGAAUCCUUGAGGAAAAGGAAUGGGAGUUUUAGUUGGGAGCAAAUUUUGCGUGGAUAGAAUAGUGAGAAUAUUUUUUCAAGUACAAUGUUUAAUGUACAGCCUUUUCAAGUUGAAC